AUGAGUCCAUUGCCAAAUAACAGUACUUCUAAAAAUGUUGGAAGAACUGUAUAUAGGGUAUUAAAUCAAGAUUUUAUUGUGGAGACAGGGUUUCGACCGAAAAGGUUAAUUGCUAAUGGAUCCUAUGGGAUUAUAUGUUCUGCAGAAUAUCUUAAUUCUACUGGGGUCGCUACAGUAGCCAUUAAAAAAGUGACAAAAGUCUUUGAAUCGACAUUAAUGACUAAAAGAGUACUUAGAGAAAUUGUACUACUUAGUCAUCUUAGAGGUCAUCCUAAUAUUGUGAGUUUGUACGACUUAGAUCUUGUCUACAAUCCCAAUGGUCAAAUCAAUGGUUUAUAUAUUUAUGAAGAACUUAUGGAUUCCGAUCUUAACCAAAUAAUUAAAUCAGGUCAACAAUUAACAGAUGCACAUUAUCAAAAUUUCGUAUAUCAAAUUCUUUGUGGACUCAAAUAUAUUCAUUCAGCUGGGGUAUUACAUAGGGAUUUAAAACCUAAUAAUAUAUUGGUUAAUGCAGAUUGUCAUUUAAAAAUAUGUGAUUUUGGUUUAUCGAGAGGUUAUUCCGAUGAUUGGACAGAAAAUAAUCAUUUCACAACAGAAUUUGUAGCAGCUAGAUGGUAUAGAGCUCCUGAACUUAUGUUAAAUUAUCAUGGUUAUACCAAAGCAAUUGAUGUAUGGUCCGUUGGAUGUAUAUUUGCAGAAUUAUUGGGGCGUGUACCAUUAUUUCAAGGAAAUGAUUAUGUGAAUCAAUUAAAUAGAAUAUUACAAGUUCUGGGGACACCAUCCGAACAAACAUUAAACCAAAUACGAUCAAGGAACGUUAGGGCAUAUAUUCGACAACUAGGAACCACAAGAGGUUUACAAUUUGAAAAAUUAUUCCCAUCAGCAACACAUACAGCGCUUGAUUUACUUACUCGAAUGUUACAAUAUAGUCCCGAAACACGAAUAACUGUACAACAAGCUUUGAAUCAUCCAUAUUUACAAAUAUGGCAUGAUCCUAAUGAUGAACCUAUAUGUAUGGAAAAAGUUAGUUUUGAAUUUGAAAAAUAUAACCAAACAGAGACAUUGACACAAGUUGUUGAAGAACGAAUAAAUGAAUUCAGAUAUAUUGUUAGGUAUAUAUUGAAGGACUCUAUUAAGUAA